CUCAGCCAGUCGUCCGUCCGUCGAUCCUCUUCGCAGACGCAGACGCAUCCUGGCUGCUCCUCGUCCUCCUCUGCCCCUGCUCCUUCUGCACCACCACUCACACCCACAUAUCGCAUCCCUCUCCUUCUACCAUCCACACCCAGAUACACACACACACUCAGUCCCCCGCACCCCUACGUCGGUACCACUGGCAAAGACGAGCUCCCUCCUCUGCAAGCCACACAUCGCCAGCAGCGGUCGCACCCAGCAAACGGGCCCGCGGACCACACGAUCCCAAAAUAACAAGACGUGCAUCCUCUCCGUAACCCCAAGGUCACGUCCAUCCCCACCCUCGCGCGUCCCUCGUAGUCGCACCGAGGUCUCCCCUUUUCAUUCGUCCCCUCACUACGUCCAUCCACCAUGUCGGGAGUCUACCAGCACCGCACCCUCGUGCCUGCAUCAGCACCCGUAGCAGCCGCACCCCAGGGCGUGUCCGCUUCCAGACUCAAUGACCUACUCGAGUUUGUCAAGCAGGAGUUCGACUUGAUCGGCACAGACGCACAGUCCUUCAAGAGUCAGAGGGACGAGUUCGAACACAGAGUCGGCCAACAAGUGAGCGAAGUACAGAUGAUGCAGCAACACAUCAUGGAUCUGGAGGCUCGUCACACCUCCAUGGCACAACAAUACGAGGAGGAGAUCAAGAGGCUACGACAAGUGCUUGACUCCCGAGGUGGCGCUCCUGCCGAUCUUGGUCCAGGGUCUCCUCGUCUUCAGCAGCAGCAGCAGCAAGGUCCACCACCUCCCAUCGCCCCUGCAGGCGCAUUGGGCAAGGGUGGGGCGCCAGCCCCUUUUGGAGCCCCGCCAGGAUCAGAGGCUGCUCACCAGCAGAACGGAGGCUACGAAAGGGAGAGGAAUGGAGGCGCGGACAGUAAGAGGAUGAGAGUCGAUGGCGCAGGAGGACCCCCUCACCCCGGCUAUGGAGGCGGGCCACCCAGCCCUGGUCGUGAAGGAGCUGGAGUGAAAGCCGAGAGGGAUGCUGCUGCUGCAGGCCGGAGAAGUGGCGGCGGACCUGGCUACCAAAGCGGUCCGCCUCCGCAAGGCUCAAAUGCUCCUUCUAGUGGUCCUCCCGCACCUCCCAACCGCGACACAGAGCCUUCUCCAGGGCCCGGCGCUGCUGGCAACAACACACUAGCAAGCUGGAGCGACUUGGAUCCCGACGAGGUUCCCAAAGAUCUCAAGAAGGAGGGAUCCGACUGGCUCGCUAUCUUCAACCCAAAGGUUAAGCGAACCCUUGACGUCAAUCUUGUCCACACUCUCAUGCACGAGAGCGUGGUCUGCUGCGUUCGCUUCUCCCCCGACGGCAAGUACCUGGCCACCGGCUGCAACCGCUCAGCUCAGAUCUAUGACACAAAGACGGGAGCAAAGGUGUGCAUUCUGAUGGACUCGGCUGCUGCAAACAAGGGAGACCUCUACAUCCGCUCUGUAUGCUUCUCCCCGGAUGGCAAAUUCCUGGCAACUGGAGCGGAGGACCGUCAAGUCCGCGUGUGGGACAUUGCCCGAAAGAAGGUCAAGAAUGUCUUCACCGGCCACAAGCAGGAGAUCUACUCGCUCGAUUGGUCGCGAGAUGGAAGGAUCAUCGCCAGUGGUUCAGGUGACAAGACGGUCAGAAUUUGGGAUGUUGAGUCUGGCAACCUCCUGCAUACCCUUUACACUUCGCCUGGGCUGGAGCAGGGCCCCUCUGAGGCAGGUGUUACAUCUGUCAGCAUCUCCUCUGACAACAGGCUCGUAGCAGCCGGAGCUCUAGACACACUCGUGCGAGUCUGGGACACUAAGACUGGCCAGCAACUAGAGAGGCUAAAGUCGCACAAGGACUCGAUCUACUCCGUCUCUUUCACUCCCGACGGCCGAAACUUGGUCAGUGGCUCUCUUGAUAAGACGCUCAAGAUGUGGGAUCUUUCCGGUACCCACAGGGCUCUGGACCAGGGCCUGCCAGACGAGGAGCGAGUAGGAAAGGCGGUAUGCUAUACUACCUUCUCCGGACACAAGGAUUACGUCCUGUCCGUCAGCUGCUCGCCCGACAGCCAGUGGAUUGCCUCUGGAAGCAAAGACCGUGGUAUCCAAUUCUGGGAUCCUAGGACAGGUCAGACGCAGCUCAUUCUCAUGGGCCACAAGAACUCUGUCAUUGCUAUCAGUCUCAGUCCUGCUGGCGGGCUUCUGGCGAGUGGUAGUGGAGACUUCAAUGCUAGGAUCUGGAGCUACGACCGAGUAAAUGGAUCGUAGCUUCGUAGAGGGGACAAAAUAGAUGCACAAGGUUUGCGAGGAAGGAGGAAGGGAGAAAAGUCAAAAUACCGAGAGGCGGAGCAGAUUCGUCGAUCCACCGUUGCUACGUCAGAGCGCUGUUCAUACGAGGAUCCAUUGUCGUAUCUGUCCUUUGUUAUUCGUUCUGCUACUUCGUUCCAUCUGAUAGUAUUGCCGUUUGCUGAGCGUGUCGCCUACCACACUCUCUCACCCGCCUAAUUGCAGGUCGGCCAUCUCUCCCCUGACCUCCGUCAUCAGCUCCGCAAUGUCCUCUUUCCUCAGUCGCUCGAUAUCAGCAUCCAGCUCCUUCACC